GCGGUGGCAGCUGACAGUGGCAAAGCGGACGCGACCGCGAACGUACGCCGCAUCGCAUCGUUCUCUUACUGCGUGCCGCAUACCGCUACGCUAUUCACUUACCGCAAUUGAGUGACAUUCAGUGUUUACAGUUUGCAAAUAAAUAAUCUGUGAAACAAAGAAGUGUGAACAUUUUGCGACAGAACUGUACGCAGAAAUGAGAGUCCAUCGAAAACUGGUACAAACAAGAAGAAAAGUCAUAAGCCUCAGAUGAGAGCAGAAAGAGAUCGUCAGUGCUCAGAAAUGAGAAGAAAAGAAAAGACAUUCAUUGACCUUAUCUUAUGAAACGGUCCCUUCCAAGAACCACAGCGCUUCCCAUUUAUUGUAGAAAAAUAAUCAGUACAGAUUCCAAAACCCAAGUGCCUCUAUUUCAGUACAGAUUUUAUAAAUAGUAUUUUAAUAUCUAGAGUAUCGAAUGUGAAUAACAUGUAACGGUCAUAUCUUAUCGAUACAUAAGCAAAUGUAUGUAAAGUGUACGUUGAACAAUACAAGGAUUUACACUAUGAGCAGAUAAACGCUGAAAAUAAAUCAUAUCAACUGUCACACUGAGUUACUAAGGUGGGAAGUUAUCGGAGAUUUGUUGUGAAGACGUAUUAGCAAGGGGUAUUCGAGGAUGUCUCACGGCGCAGUGAAGAGCUCGAGGAAUGGUAACGGCGUGCAGUCAGUGCACGGAGGGCAGGGGGGACAAGGGGAGCAGGGCGAGUGCUCCCGCGAGGGCUCCCAAAGCCUGCCACCACCCCCGGACGGAGGCUGGGGAUGGGUCGUCGUUUUUGCUUCCUUCAUGAUUCAUAUCAUCACCGACGGCAUGACCUAUUCGUUCGGCGUGUUCUAUGCAGAGUUCCUGACCUACUUCGAAGAGGGCAAAGGCAAGACCGCGUGGAUCGUCUCUAUCCUUGUCGGGGUCACGUUAAGCUCGGGUCCAAUAUCUAGUUCGUUCGUGAAUCGUUGGGGAUGUCAGAAGGUGACAAUUGCUGGGGCAUUGCUGUCUGCCAUCUGCGUCAUUGCAUCAGCUUUUGCUGGAAACGUUCUCACUCUCAUCUUCACAAUCGGAGUUGGGACCGGACUGGGCUUCGGCCUCAUCUAUUUACCGGCAAUUGUCAGCGUCACUGUUUGGUUCGAGCGGUAUCGCAGUCUUGCCACAGGAAUUGCUGUUUGUGGAUCAGGUCUGGGGACAUUCUUGUUCGCGCCAAUCACGUCCAGUCUGAUUUCAAAUUACGGAUGGCGCGGAGCGAUGGCUAUUAUUGGAGCCUUAAUUCUCAACUGCAUACCUUUAGGACUUAUGUUUAAAGCUGUUCCAGAACCACCUAAAACACCAGCUUCCGAGCCUAUGUUGAUUAAAUCAAAAAAAUCCCCACUUAAACGUUCACAAAGUUCCGAAAAUGUGGCAAGAGCAAAUGGAAAGAACGAGGAGAAUGAUGUUGCAAGACUCACGCUUUCUCAGCCAGCAUUGAAUAAGCCGAGCGAUUUAAAGCACCAAUCGCACUCCCGGCACGGCAGCGGCAUCAUGCUCCGACCGGACGUACUAUACCAGGGCAGUAUGACGAGUCUCGCUAGAUUCAGAGGAACUUCUCCAGAAAAAGUAGUAUUAAGAGAACCAUCGGAAGAACCCGUACAAAGAUGUGGCUGGCUCCCAUGCUCGGAGGAAUUCAAAGCUGCUCUAUCAGAAAUGCUUGAUAUUUCUCUUCUAAUAGAUCCAAUAUUUAUUUUAUUUUCACUUUCUAACUUUUUAACUAGCAUCGGUUUUUAUAUACCAUACGUUUAUACUGUUCCUAUGAGUGAGAAAUUAGGAAUAGCAAAUCCGGCCUACUUAAUAUCUAUAAUUGGUGCAUCUAAUUUAGUUGGAAGAAUCAUUCUUGGGUAUAUAAGUGAUAAGCCAUGGGUUAACCGAUUAUUAGCUUACAACUUGUGUCUUACGAUAGCUGGUAUAAGUACGGGCUUGGCCAUGGCCUGCUGGGAAUUUUGGGGACUGGCAUUAUAUGCGACAACGUUUGGUUUCACUAUUGGGGCUUACGUAGGAUUAACGUCAGUGGUACUGGUGGAUCUACUUGGCAUUGAAAAACUAACCAACGCAUUUGGUCUGCUGCUACUGUUUCAAGGAAUUGCUUCAUUAAUAGGACCACCUUUUGCAGGUUGGCUGUAUGAUCAACUGAACUCAUACGCGCCUGGCUUCUACGUAGCCGCGGGCACGAUAUCGCUAAGUGGAAUCAUUCUCUUCCUCAUUCCCGUCAUUGAGAAACGUAAUAAUAGAACAAGAUGGAAUCAGGAAACGGUCAUGGAAGAGAUAUAGCAGGAGCCUGUGAGGGGGACGAGACGCGACUACCCUGUAAUCGUGCUGAACAGUCCCUCUACUCCAUCGUACACGGGGUCCACGGAGGACACCUAUAGUAACAGGGUAUACACAACUACGGUUGUAAGAGACACUACUAGUAAUGAAUAUUUUUAUGAAGAUAGUUACGAUUAUGAAGACCACGGAGGUGGCGAUGGCGAAUACGAUAAACUCUUUAGUGAUAGUCCAACUCAUUCCAAAGAUAAUUUAGAGAGUGACUGUGAAAAUGAAUGUUUAAGUGUAAAGAGGAAAGGUACAAUCUGAACUCUAAGUGAUUAAUCGAUUAUAUUUCAGUUGCUGUAAUUAUAUAUGUGAAUAAUUGUAAAAAUAAAAU